AUGGCUGAGAUACCCAACCGAUCUCCUUUGGUGGAGGGCGUGACAUGGGCCAUGUUUACCAUUGCGCUGCCGCCAGUAUUGUUGCGGACCUGGGCUCGAGCCACCCUAAUGAAAAAGUUUGGCAUAGAUGAUUGGUUAAUGAUAUUUGCAAUGAUAUCAUUCACCUUUAAUACCGUCAUCUGUUUUGAAGGUGCUGUACACGGCACUGGUCGACAUUAUUGGAAUUUAGAGCUCGAUUCCAUGACCACUGCUUUCGAGUGGUGGUAUUUCGCCUACCUUACAUACUGCACCAGCAUGAUAUUAGUCAAGUCUAGCAUCGCCUGUUUUCUACUGCGUCUCACCCCCGAUCGCACCCACCGGAUCAUCAUUUACAUUGCCUGGUGGCUCACCGUCGUCUGCGGCAUCAUUUUCUUCUUCAUUGCCAUGUUCCAAUGCAGACCUAUUUCCUUUUUCUGGACCCGGGUUGCUGACCCAGCGAGCGGGGGUUCCUGCAUUUCAAUCGACACCAUCGUCUAUGUCACCUAUACGUACAGCGCCUUUUCCAUUAUUACUGAUUUCACUUUUACUAUUUUACCCAUAUGGAUGGUCUGGCAGCUUCAGAUGAGCCUGAGGACAAAGAUUGCGAUCAUACCUAUCCUUGGUAUGGCAGCGGUAGCUAGUUGCGCUGUUGUUGUCCGCCUUGCAUAUGUUGAAAACUUUCGUGGAAACGACUUUUUGUGGUCAACCGCAGAUAUAGCCAUCUGGUCACAAGUCGAAAUCGGCCUCGCUAUUGCAGCCGGAAGUCUUGCAACCUUGCGGCCACUCUUCCACAGCAUUGGUCAGACUCUCGGCCUGCCCGGGCUUUCGGGCUCUUCUCCCGGCGCAGCCGUAGCCGUUCCCGCAAGUGCCAAGUUUGCCCCGUCGAGUAGCAGCCAUGGCCAAAAGAACCACAAGUCUGCCGUCAGCUGUGGGAAAAAGAACAUGUCGCCUUUGUCCCGCAUCAUGGCACCCUACAGUCUCUUCAGUCUCCAAUCCAAUGCCGGCACAACAAGAUUGGCAGACGAGGAACAGACGGUGGAUAUCCACAUGGAGGAAGUCAUUCCCGCCAGGAACCACAAUUGCUCGAAUGGGUCUCCGCAACAACCAGGCAAUGAGGGCUACACUACGCAUUCCUUGAAGGCGAGCUCACAAGAAGGCCUCGUUGGGGAUCAUGCCGUGAUUGCAGGACUUGAGGAUGAUGACAAAAUAUCUAUGCAUGACUCGUGUCAUUCCAAAUUACCAUGUGUCGAGUUUCACCUCGAGAUAUGA